AGAAAUGUUGUAAUUUCAUGAGUGCAAGACGCAUUGUGGCUCAUCAUUACAGCUGUGACACUGUAGCAAGAGAAGCUCUAGAGACCUCAGUGAUUUGAUCCCCGUCUUCACAUGGCUUGCAUCAGGCAGGAUUCACAGAAAAACCGCUUUCUCUUUGACCUCUAUCAGCCUAACAGUCAAAACCAAAGUUGUGAUGACAUUUACAUGAAUUGUUUCACGUGUCAGUUCGGUUGUGAGCCACUGAGAUCUUAUAGCACUCACAGGAGGGAAACACAUGUAACAAACCCACUGGCCUGUGUGUAAACCUGAGCACCAAAAACAGUUUCUGUAUGGCCACGUGACUUCCUCUCAGCUUCUGCACUUUGUUCAGAUGCAGCCCAGUGCAGUUCUGCCUUCCUCUGUUUUUUUUUUUACCCGACUUCAUUUGCAGUGACAGACUGUGACAGAAACCCUGAGUGAUUAAAGCCAGUGUAGCUUUCUUACAGCUGUUUGUCCAGAGAGAUUUGAGGACCGCUGAGGAAGAAGAUGUUGAGGCGAAGACCUUCAAAUGCCUCUGAGAAGGAGCAGCAGCAGCAGCAGCAGCAGCAGAAGAAGAAGAAGCUCACCCUGCAGAGAUCCAGCAGCUUCAAGGAUUUUAUGAAGCACAAACCCACCUCUCCUGUUGUGUCAGAAAAGGAGUUCACUUUGGAGGAGCAUGUGGCAGAGAACAUAACAGAAGAGCAAACGGUGAAAAGUGGCAGCAAACUGGGCAAAAAGUGGCGCAAUGUCAUCUCACGCACCAUGACCCGCAAAACAUCCAAGAUGGUGCAGAAGGCUCUGGCUGAGGAGGGGGGGGAGAGCAGUGAGGAGCUGUCUCCCGUCUCUUCUGAUUGGAUUCCAGAUCUGAUCGCAGGACAGAGGACGUCUGUGUGCUCCUCGGGCUCGGAGGACACCAUGCCCAGCCUCAUCAGAUGCCAGCUCUCUGGCAGUAGCGACAGACAGAGCUUGGACAGCGGGUACUGCCAGAGGGACAGCAUGAGACUGGAGGAGAACGGCAUCGCUUACAACGGGCCGUUCUGUGGCCGAGCUCUGGUCCACACUGACUUCACUCCCAGCCCGUACGAUGUGGAGUCACUGAAACUCCAAAAAGGAGACAUCAUCCACAUUAUUGAGAAGCCUCCUGUGGGGACCUGGACAGGGAAACUCAACAACAAAGUGGGCUCCUUUAAGUUCAUCUACGUCAACCUCCUGCCUGACGAGAGCCCCCCAGCCAGGAGGAGAAACUGCAACAGCAACCGCCGCAGCAAAUCCAAACCCAGAACCCUGGAGGAGGUGCUGGACAGCAUGGGCCUGACGGAGUUGAAUUCUUUGCUGUCCAUGCACGGGUUCCAGAGCCUGGAGGACUUUGCAAUACUGAAGGAGUCUCACCUCAAUGAGCUGAACAUCACUGAUCCUGAGCAGCGCUCCAAGAUCCUGAAUGCCGCCGAACUGCUCAGAGACUCUGAAGAAGAGUCAGAGCCAGAGGAAGAGGUGGACAAAUCCGACGCCAAGGAGCCGAGAGAUUCAGGCUGUUUCGAGAGCUCAGAGACUCUGGAAAGUGGACGAGAAGAGCCAAAGGCGGAGGAAGAACUCCAGGAUGAAGCAUCAGAGGAGCAGACGAACCAGGAGGCAGAGGAGCAGGAGUCCGAGCCAGACGAGGAGAAACAGACAGAGCAGCUGGAGGUGGUGCAGGAGCAGCUGCAAGAGCUGACAGUGGACGAAUGAUGCUGAGAAGUGACGGAAAAAUACUGAAACUUGUUUUAUUCCUGGUUCUCAGGGACUCUGCAGAUGGAGGUAUGGUGUUUAAUAAACAGCUCUUCAUUGUAAGAGAGUGGACAACUGGUCAUAUGAACACAAUGUAAGGUAAUACUGUAGCAAGGUGGUGGUCUCCAUGCAGUUUGUUUGCACUGUUGAACAAGCAGCACAAUUUCUAUCAACCGUUUUGCCAUGAAUGUUGUAAGAAUGUCCAUUUAGGAUGGAGAUGAAGCAUUUAAACAUUUUCCUCCUUUUCAUUUCGUUUCGUCAUUAUGUAUGCUCUCGUCAUCGGUGUGUGAAUGUGUGUGUGAAUGGGUGAAUGGUGUAUGAUCUCCUGUAAAGCGCUUUGG